AUGGCUAUGGCUUUGGACGCAGUGUGGGUGAGAGUGAAGAAUGUCUGCAAACAGAAUGGACUCCUCAUCAUGUCUGUGCUGGCUGUGGUCAUUGGAUGUCUUUUGGGAUUCUUCCUGAGGACACGGCGCCUCACAGAGCAGGAGGUGAAGUACUUCCAGUUUCCUGGUGAGCUACUGAUGAGGAUGCUGAAGAUGCUUAUUCUCCCACUUGUUGUGUCCAGUUUGAUGUCAGGGCUGGCUGCCCUGGACGCCAAGUGUUCCAGUCGCCUCGGUCUGAUCACAGUGUCUUAUUACCUGUGGACCACCUUUGUGGCUGUGAUAGUAGGGAUCAUCAUGGUCUCCAUCAUCCACCCGGGUGGUGCAGCCCAGAAAGAGGACUCUGAGGACAGUGGCAAGCCUAUCAUGAGUUCUGCUGAUGCUCUGCUAGACCUCAUCCGCAACAUGUUCCCAUCUAAUUUGGUCCAGGCCACGUUUCAGCAGUAUCGAACAAGUAGCGAGUUCAUUGUGAAACCCAAGCCAACGGUGAGUCAGACCCAAUCAGAGUCCACCACGCGGCGAGCGCUCAUCUACGGUAUCCAGGACGAUAAUGGCACUGACAUCCAGAACUUCGCCCUUGACCUGACUCCUCCCCCUGAUGUGCUCAUACGCACACGGGAAGGAACAAGCGAUGGAAUGAAUGUCCUUGGGAUUGUUAUUUUUUCUGCCACAAUGGGUAUUAUGUUGGGAAGAAUGGGACCAAAUGGCAGCGCAUUGGUGAACUUCUGCCAGAGUCUGAAUGAGGCCGUCCUUAGAAUCGUUGCCAUUGUUAUAUGGUACUUCCCAUUUGGCAUCGUGUUCCUGGUGGCCGGUAAGAUCCUGGAGAUGAGUGAUCCUUCAGCCAUGGGGAAGAAGCUGGGCUUCUAUGCCGUCACUGUGGUAUUUGGUCUUGUGUUGCAUGGUUUG